ACUGGAGUGAUGCGUGGGUUGGUGCUUUGUUUUCUGCUGGGGACGAUGGGGGCAACGGGGGCCCCAGACAAGGACGAAAUCAAAUCCCUCCCAGGACUGAAGAAACAGCCCAGCUUCAAGCAGUACUCUGGUUAUCUGGACGUCGCCGGGAACAAACACCUGCAUUACUGGUUUGUGGAGGCUCAGAAAGACCCAGCCAGCAGCCCUGUGGUUCUGUGGCUGAAUGGAGGCCCAGGGUGCAGCUCGCUGGAUGGGCUACUGACCGAGCACGGCCCUUUCCUGAUUCAGGAUGAUGGCACCUCCCUUGACUACAACCCGUAUGCUUGGAACAAGAUCGCCAAUGUGGUCUACCUGGAGUCACCUGCAGGGGUUGGCUUUUCCUACUCUGAUGACAAGCAAUACACCACCAAUGACCCCGAGGUGGCCAUGAACAACUACCUGGCCUUGAAGCGGUUUUUCCAGCUUUUCCCGGAGUACAGCAAGAACAAGUUCUUCCUCACCGGCGAGAGCUACGGGGGCAUCUACAUCCCCACCCUGGCAGAGCACGUGAUGGAGGACCGCAGCAUCAACCUGCAGGGUAUCGCUGUGGGUAACGGGAUGUCCAGUUACGAGAUGAACGAUAAUUCACUGGUGUAUUUUGCUUACUACCACGGGCUCCUGGGAUCAAGGCUGUGGACAGACUUGCAGUCAUACUGCUGCAAAAAUGGGACUUGUGACUUCUAUGACAACAAAAAUCCAAAGUGCUCAAAGAACUUGGCCGAGGUGCAGUACAUCGUGUACCAGUCAGGGCUGAACAUGUAUAACCUGUAUGCGCCCUGUCCUGGUGGGGUGCCUCCGAAAGUCAGGUAUGAGGGAGGCCAUCUGGUGAUUCACGAUUUGGGAAACCACUUUGUCCGCAAUUCCUGGACCGCCAUGUGGACUGAGAAACUCCGUGGCAUCGCCUCUGUACACGAAUCGGUGAGCCUGGAACCGCCGUGCACCAACUCCACCCCCUCCACCAUGUACCUGAACAACCCCUACGUCCGCUCCGCCCUGCACAUCUCCCCUGAUGCCCUGAAGUGGGCUGUCUGCAGUGCAGAGGUGAACCUCAACUACGGCCGCCUGUAUAUGGAUAUGAAGAGCCAGUACCUGAAGUUACUGGGAGCACUGAAGUACCGUGUGCUGGUGUAUAAUGGAGACGUCGACAUGGCCUGCAACUUCCUUGGGGAUGAGUGGUUUGUCGAGUCUCUUCAGCAAGAGGUGCAAGUAAAGCGCAGGACCUGGCUCUACAAUACCGCAGAUGGUCAGCAGGUCGGUGGCUUCGUUAAGGACUUCUCCAACCUCAGCUUUCUCACCGUCAAGGGUUCGGGUCACAUGGUACCAUCGGACAAGCCAGCCGCUGCUUUCACCAUGUUCAGCCGCUUCCUGAAUAAGGAGCCGUAUUAAGACCGGGGCGAUGUCGUGACUCCACGCCCCUGCCUCGCUCCACAGAGGGUGUCUACGCGAUUGGGUUACCUCCACUGUCUGUCCUUACUGUACCUCUCUAACAUCGACCACUAGCUGUGUGCCCUCUCCGAACUCCCCUUGCAGUCCCCCCUCCCCAGUACUGCUGUGCACUGUGAGAACCUGGGUCUUUGGGUUGAUCCAAAAAAUACACCCGGGGGGGGCAUUGAUAAAUCGGAGGUGUCUAAUCUUGUCUGAGAAGGGCAGGUGUGGUUUCAGGCUCUUUCUCUAUCCCAGCCAAACGCUGGUUUCAGCUAAUCAAUUAAUCACGGCCUUCGGUCAACCAAUCAAUCCUAUACUUGCACACCAGCCCUUCUUGGAUACGAUUGGAUACCUUUUGUGUCAUGUGAUUUGCACAGGAUUGAGGUGUACAGCAUUGAGCUAUGCGUCCAUGAAUGCACAUCUUUUUCUUUUCUUUUUACUAAUAUUGGGUAAAAGCAAAUGCAUUUUUUGUACAUUUUUUGCUUUCUUGUCUCUAAAAACUGCUGUGAUGACCAGGUACUGCUGUAAAUAAUUUAAUAUCUGGUGAAGAUUCCAUUGCUUCUGAUCUUGCCUGCCUUGCUAUGAGGGAAAAAAAAAAAAAUCAUGUCCAUUAUGUUGGUCAAACUUGUUGAGCCAAGUGACAGGAAAUGUAACUAACGAUGGCACUGAUGUCAGACUGACAACUUUGCCUGUUAGUUCGUUUUAAUCAUUAAGAUUCAAAGGUUGCUAAUGGAAUUGAAGGGAAAAAGAGUUAAUUUAAGAAUUAAAUCACAAGUUUGCCUUUUUAAAAUGUAUUUCACUUUUACUCUGUCAACAACUGAGCAUCUGAAACCAGGCUUCAAUGACAGUUCUAAAAUGUCAACCAUUUGCAGUCUGAAGAGAUUUGUGAGGAAAUCUGGGUAUUAUGCUUGAAAAUGAAGGCUAAUUCUGCAUUCUUAAAAAGGGAUCAUAAGACAGCUGGUGUUUACCUUUCUUUGGUCUUCAGAUUGUUGACAAUGUUUUUUUUGUCAAUAAAUGUCUCAUCAAA